AUACACAACAACAACACUACAUCAACAUCAUGGACGAAUUCAACGAUUCAAGUGAAUUGUACACUAUAAGAAACCAAUUCUAUUCCAAUCAACACAAUGCAGUGAUCUCCUAUUCUCUUGAUCAAUUUUCGAGUCAGUAUCAACUUAAAGUUUUGGAAUUCCAAAUUAGAUCUACUGUUGCCCUUGGUCAAGACGCCUCAGAAUUGAUUGACCAUGGUAAGGUAUUGUUCCCUGAAGAAGAAGAAUUAUUUCAGUUAUUAUCUGCACACAACGACUUACAAUCAUUUGGCACUGAUCUGUCUACAUAUUUCCAAGAUGUUAAGCAAGGGAAGUUUGAAUUACAAACUGUACUUACAGCCAUAUACUUGGUUAAAUAUGAACAAGAUGUUAAUCAAGCAGUGUCUAUUUUGAACGAAUAUAUUAACCUGGACAGAUAUAAUAUUGGAGAAUUGGAACCAUUUUUGAUUCUUAUGAAUUUAUACUUGUAUCUUGGUAAAAUUGACCAAGCUGCCAAAUUAUUUGAACAUUUGAAAAUUUUCCCAAGUUUCAUUCGUGAUUCAAUUAUUUAUCACACUUUUGAAGCUUGGUAUUUGGCAGUCAAGGGUGAAUCCGACAAUAUCAACAAUUCAUAUUACUUUUAUGAUGAAUUGUUGAAUUUAGACUACGAAAAUGAUCCAAUUGGUAAGCAAAAAAUAUUAACUGCCUUGUUUGCCUUAACCUUACAAAUGAGACAUUUACCUGAAGCUCAGGAAUUAUUAAAUCAAAUUAGACAAUUGAAUGUAACCAGUGGUGAUUUUAUUGCUAAUGAAAUUUGUUAUAAUUAUUUAACUGGUUCAAAUGAUACCAGGGAAUUGUUGCAACAAUUAUACCAAAUUGAGCCAAAUCACCAAUUAUUGCAAGAUUUUGCUGAAAAGACAAAAGUAUUUGAUGAAAUUGUUGGAAAAUAUACUGCUUAAAUAGAUCGUAAUAUAUGUUUUGCCUUUUGGGUAUAGAAUGUAAUCAGUAAUGUAUUAUCCGAGAUUUACUACAACACAACACGGUCCAGAGGAGCUUGCUUUAUGGAUGACGUCCAGGAUAACUCCUAUCGAAAUAUUGGUUGACAUUGUAAUUCGGUGAAUUAAAUAUAACUGUUUUGUCGCUCUCGAUUCUUAUUAGCAAUUCAGAGCUUUGGGUGAUUUCAAUCACAAAUAUACGUGGUUUAAGCUUAUAAUUCAAGAACAAAUUUCCUUCACACCCACUCGACCGCCCACCCACGCUUCAGGAAAGUUGCCAUCCAAAUCUAUCCAUUAUUACAUAGUACUUGUUUGUAAGCAACUAAAUUCCUAUUGUUACUGUGAUUGAAUUAGUUUGUAAGCAGGAAUACUUGUUAGAAACUAAACAAUUGAGGCUUUCCUGGAGAUAAGUGCUAAAUAUACCUGUUUACAAAAGUGUUGUUAUCUCC